GGGCGCGGGGGGAUGGGGGCCGGGGGCGGCGGGCGCCGCACUCGCUGAGGCCCGACGCAGGGCCGGGCGCCCGGGGCCGAGCGCAGCCGGAGCGGCCCGGAGGCGGAGGCGACGCCGGGGCCCCGCGCGGACGAGCAGGCCCUCAAGGUGAGAACCUCUCAGGACGAUUGCUUCCCUGGCUGUGCUGACCCCGAGCCUCGGACGGCCGUUCUCAGUGAAGGACCUUGCUCUCGCUACUGAGGAGUGACCAUGGGCCUGCUCGCCUACCUGAAGACCCAGUUCAUCCUGCACCUCCUCAUCGGGUUCGUCUUUGUGGUGAGCGGGCUGGUCAUCAACUUCAUCCAGCUCUGCACCCUCGUCCUCUGGCCCCUGAACAAGCAGCUGUACCGCCGGCUGAACUGCCGCCUCGCCUACUCGCUCUGGAGCCAGCUGGUCAUGCUGCUGGAGUGGUGGUCCUGCACGCAGUGCACGCUCUUCGCUGACCAGGCCACCAUGGACCGCUUAGGGAAGGAGCACGCCAUCAUCAUCCUCAACCACAACUUCGAGAUCGACUUCCUGUGCGGGUGGACCAUGUGUGAGCGGUUCGGGGUCCUGGGGAGCUCCAAGGUCCUGGCCAAGAGGGAGCUGCUGUGCGUGCCCCUCAUCGGCUGGACGUGGUACUUCCUGGAGAUCGUGUUCUGCAAGAGGAAAUGGGAGGAGGACCGGGACACGGUCAUCACAGGGCUGAGGUGCCUGGCCGACUACCCUGAGUACAUGUGGUUUCUCCUGUACUGUGAGGGCACGCGCUUCACAGAGAAGAAACACCGCGUCAGCAUGGAGGUGGCCGCCUCCAAGGGGCUGCCCCCCCUCAAGCACCACCUGCUGCCUCGCACCAAGGGCUUCACCACCGCGGUCCAGUGCCUGCGCGGGACAGUCGCAGCCAUCUAUGAUGUCACUCUGAAUUUCCGGGGAAACAAGAACCCGUCUUUGCUGGGGAUCCUCUACGGGAAGAAGUACGAGGCAGAUAUGUGUUUGAGGAGGUUCCCUCUGGACGAGAUCCCGCAGGAUGAGAAGGAAGCGGCCCAGUGGCUCCAUGCGCUGUACCAGGAGAAGGAUGCUCUGCAGGAGAAGUAUAACCAGAAGGGCGUGUUUCCGGGGGAGCCCUUCAGACCUGCGCGCCGGCCGUGGACGCUCCUGAAUUUCCUCUUCUGGGCCACGGUUCUCCUGUCUCCUCUGUUCCGCUUUGUCCUGGGCGUCUUUGCAAGCGGCUCUCCCCUCCUGAUCCUCACAUUCCUGGGCUUUGUCGGGGCAGCUUCCUUUGGAGUCCGCCGACUAAUAGGAGUAACUGAAAUAGAAAAAGGCUCCAGCUACGGGAACCAAGAAUUUAAGAAAAAGGAAUAAUUAAUGGCUGUGAUUGAACACACUUAACUUGAUGGUGGUGUCCGAUUAACUCAAUUAAAAACAGAACCACACACACAGAGGAAAAAAGACACUUAGAAACUAUUUUCUUAUUAACUGGUGACUAAUAUUAACCAAUAAACUUGAGCCAAGAGUAAAGAAAUCAGAAAGCCUGCCGGAUGGAGACUUCGCAGCGCACCGCAGGGCCGCCUGUCGCUGUGGGAGACCGGGGCACGGAGGGCGGCAUCUGCUCUGGGCGGUGGCCCCUGGGGUCCCGGAUUCACCCAGCGCCAUCGCUCAAGGACUCUGCUGGCCAGAGAGAGCCUCUGAUGCUUUCUCUUCUUAAACUUGGGUCCCUUUUUUGUUUUUACCUGUGAUUUCGGGAACUCACCCUGGCCCCUUGCCGCUCCCCUGCACCCCCAGCAAACUCUCUUCAGGACUCUUCCCCAGGCCUCCUGGGUGCAGAUGUCACAGCAUCUCUGGUCCCCAAGGCAACCAGCAUCUUGGCUUCCGGACAGUAGGGUGGGGAGCUGGUGGGGGCAGGGCACCGUGGAGAGAAUGCUCUGGGUGAGAAGCACACCCUAGGUGUCGGAUGGAUGGAGCCCGUGCAGGGCUGGCAGCUGGCAGCAGGCAGAGGCUGGGUGUGAGUGCUCGAGGGUGCGGGUGCAGUGAAUGUAGCUCCUCAGCCCCUUCUCUCUGUGGCCCUGACUGCAGUCCCUCUACUGGGUGCUGGGAGGGGCCUCACUGGGCCAGUGCCUCUCCCCGCAGCCCCAGAACCUGUCAUGCUGCAGGAAGCAGUGUCACCACCCAGCCUGUCUUCUGAGAUGGUUGGAGACUGUUAACACAGGGCUUGUUGGCCUCUAGAGAUGCUAUUUUCACAGUUGAUCUGUUGGUGGCUCUCAACUCCCUGAUGAAAAUGAGCUGUGGCGAGCCUUCCCCCAUCCUGCCACCCUCCCUGCCCUGAGCAGGCACAUGUGUCCGGCCGAGGCCUGCUUCUGGCCAGGUGGGUGGCCUCCUGGCCUGGUGGUGCCCACACCCACAGGUGCCCGGUGGAGUGUCUCCCCAGGUCCCGGCAGCCUGUGCUUGACUAUGUCCUCUCAGCAUCCUUUGCAGGCUUGGCCUGGGUGGAGGUUGGCCCCGCAGAUGGAGCCUGGCCGGCUGGAGGCUGCUGGGCAGACAGAGUGGGAACCAGGGUUCCUCCCGCCUCCCGUGGCUCCGCUCCGCCAUCCCACCGCACACGGCUGUACUGGACUUCCUUCUUAAACCUUCAAGUUGGUUUUUUUAAAGUCACAUUUCCUGCCUCUUUUUUUAGCAAGGGAAAGAAAACUAAUGGGUAUUAUCUCUGACACACUGUAACCAGCAUUCCGAAUAGAGGCAGGUUGGAUUUUCUAGAAAAAUGGAGGAAAGAGACAUAAAAGAAAUUAGAAACUAAGUUGAAAAAACAGUAAUGUACUGGCCCUAAGUGUGUUUGGGGAAGAUUUGUCAGGCUGGCGCGAAGGCUCAUAACAGCGAUGCUCCAGAGGUUUAGGUUGGUGGCCGUGACGGCAGGUGCCGAGAACUGCGCCCCAGUUCUGUGCUGCUCGUGUCCCGGGGCGCGUGGAUGCAACUCCUUGUGGGGCUGAAGGGUUGAAACAAAACAGUUCAAAAUGCUUUUGUUCAGAACUAAGCCUGCUUGCCUCUGUCCUGAAACACCCCCCCCCCGACCCCCCCCCCCAGGGUGAGCGGCCACCGUCAAGUUGAUUUGUCUUCAUACCGUGCUGCUCAUCUGUCUCCAUGCGUGUUCACCUGUGUCAUUUGCUGAGUCACGAAUGCCUAAAUCAGCUUAAAGGAAACCAGAGGGAGGGUCUCCUGGACGGAGCCCCACCGGGAAGAUGCAGAUUUAGAUCUUCUACCACUUAGUUAAUAGUCCUGGUUUCCCAGAUAAGUCCCCUCCCCCUGAAAUCAACUCAUCAUGUGCGAAUUCUACAUCGAGUCAAUGUAUGAGCCAUGCAGACUCCUGUGAAUGGAGCCUGAGACCGGGGUGUGGGUUUCCAGUCUCAGUGAUUCCUUCCGAUUUAACAUGGAUCAGCUCUUGCCUUGAACACUGAGCCCUUUGGGAGCAAUAAAAACUACACCAGGACUGUGCAGACUUUUUUUUUGAGAGAGAGAGAGAGAGUGGAUUUUGCUUUUCAUUCACUUCAUAAGGAAAGGGGGAGGGGAGCUCUUUUAAAUUUUUAGCUUAAAUUAAUAAAUUGCAGAAUUGUGCUUUUCUUUAUUCUUUGCCUUUACACCCACUACUGAGUUCCAUGUGUUGCUGAUGCUGCCAUGUCACAUUCAGGCUGAGCGUGGGACAGGCCAUGCUGGUUGCAGCCUCGUUGUGCUCUCUAGGCGUAAAGGGCGAGUCCUGGGUCAGUGAAGGCCGGGGGGUGUUUGCUGCCUCUCCCUGCUGGGGGAAGUGUUUGCUGACUCUCUCUGGGGUAGGCCCUGCCACUUGCUCUGUGCCUGGGAACCAGCCCCCUGCUCCUGCUGGGGGGUCGCUGGCUGCAUGUUUCUCAGCUCAGGCAAGGCCCCACUCUCAGGUGCAAGUCUCCAAGUCCAGUGUCAUCUUCCCCCUCUGUCUCCUGCCCCUGCCCAGUACAUGGAGUUUGGCCUGUGGGCCUUCCCCAUGUGUCUAGCUGCUGGAGGUCGCAGUUCUUUGGGCCCCUCUGGGUGACUGUGAUAUUUCCAUGGUGACUUUGUAGCAGCUGCCGGGGGCUCUGUGGCUUCCAUCUCUGGGGUCCUUGUGACAGCACCGAGAGCAGUGACGGUGGGGAGCAGCGCGGCUGGUCAGAGGGAGAGCAGGGCAUCGAUUUUGAAUGCUCGUUUUCCGUAUGCCCCCCUUUUCUCCAGACCUGGUGGAGGGUUUGACAUAGCCACCCACUGACAAGCAUUUCCGCCAGAGAAAGCAGAGGGACAGGCCGUCCCCUGCUUGGUGACAGCCCAUUGGAGGGGCCCCGUCCUCAAGAAGCACAGGAUCCGUGUGAUGAGCUCUGAAUGUAGAAACCACUAAACCAUCACAAAGCAACAGCGGACACUGCACUUUUUUGUACAGAAACGGUGCAGGUGCGGUCACUGAUCAAGUCUGAAUCUGCCUUGUCCGUCCCGGUCCCCGCCUGGUGUGCGGAGACAGGGGGACCUCCUUACACUAAAUGAUGGAGCAUGAUUUGGUCUGAAGGAAAGCGGUGGCUGCAGUCACGUGCAGUUCAGGGCUGUCUGGAGGCCGUCCCACACCCACGUGACUGGUUGUGUCAGGUUUGGGGUGGAGGAGUCAUUCUGCAUGUCGCUUUGUCUCUGCCCGAGACACCUAUAGGAUAAGCCAAAUAGAAUCCUUUCAGCCCGGCUGAUAUUCAGCUGAAUUGUUCAACCCUGAGCGUGAGCUCCUGCUGCAAACUUCUCACCAGUAGUGCAUGCUUCCCCCAGCAUGCAACACUUAGCGUCCAAUGGUGUGACGUGGCUUCCAGCCCUCCUGCCGUCUCCCGAGGCUGAGGGUUGAAACAGUGGGCUGCUGUGCCCGCCUGCCUUCUCUCUGGAGACAGCACGUCCCUGGCCCACGUGCCUGCCCCUUUGUAUAGUGAGUUAGCUCCUAAAGCAAGGGCCAGCCUCUCCGAACGCCCAGGCCUGGGUGCUGGGUGCGCCUCCCUUUCCCCCUCCCCACUCCUGGCCAUGCCACCCACUUGCACUGGGCCAGGCCAGGUGCAUGCAGACAUUCGGGUUUCACAUUCUUGCCUAUCAGGGCCAGGACACAAAAACACAGGGACAGCUUUUGGGUAGAUGUCACAUUGUGUUCUGUGUGAUCGAGGGGUGGACACAUGUGAGUUACGUUGCAGCACAAGCAUUUGCCCGCUAGCUGAUUCAGUGAAAACGGUGGCCUUCUCACACACCACUCGGGGAAUUAAAGGACAAGACCACUUUCAGGGAGUCCGGGAAAUUCCCAGAGACGCUGACACCAGUCAGCCUCAGUGGCAGCCAGGCAUUCUUUUUCAGAGACAAUUGGAUCGCUUUAAAUUUUUAAGCUUUGUAAUGGCAAGUUCACCUGGAAUUUCCUUUUCUCGUAAACUUUCCUUUCUUAACCUUUUUGUUGCAUAAGCACUUGGACAGAAGUCAAAACUGUGAAUGAGAUACUGAAAUGCACUAAAUUGUAUUAAAUUAAACUGGAGUUACUUGAUAACAAUGAA